AGUCUACGUUGAUUUCUCGACAGAAGCGGUUGCCUCCAGUGAAACCCAACAGUAUUAAUUUUCUUCCUCUCCUCGCUGUUACACCACAAGAUAUUUAACCAAAAUUCCUCCGGCAUCAAACACCACCCCACAAAGAAAACCCACCCUAAACCCUAAAAACCACUCAUCAAAAUGACUCUCUGAUAAGCUCUCUUCCACUUAUAUCUCUCUAUUAAUUAAUUAAUUAAAAAAUAUAUAUAUUAAAGAGCUUUAGUGAUUAAGAUUUUCUGUGAAAAAAAUUGCUGUGUUUGUGUAAAAGGUGUUUCUUGGGUGGAAAGGAACAACAACAAAAAGAAUAUGAAUAUUUUGUGCACAAUCUACCUGAUUUCAUUCAUUGGAUUUUCUAUUAUUACGAGAGAAUGCGCCGCUUCAUGCUAUUUUCCCGCCGAAAUGCAAGGCGUCUACGUGACUCAGAGCACCGUAUCCGGCGUGGAUGUCGUCUACAGCCAAAUUAAUAUUACUUCAGAUUUGAUAACAAUCUGGGGAAAUUGUCACAAACGCAUCGGAAAUAAGGUAAUCCUCAUGAUGGCAUCACUGGAGGAGGAUGAGGACACCAGUUGCUUUCGAUGCUUCCACAUAACACUCGUCACGAAGAACAUUGUGCGUGUCUACACCACGAUGGAGUACAUGGCCAAGUGCUUCACAAAUGAGGAGAAGGCUAUCAUGUCCUGUCCCACAGAGGAAUCUCUCAGAGAUCCUGAGGAACAUACAGAAAUCAUACUGUUCAAAAUCCGAGAACUCGAUGGUCAAGUAAUCCGACGGCGGGAGUAUUGCCCAAUAAGUGGUCGAUACAAUUUCACAUUUGCCACAGGCAACGAUGCCGAGAAGAGAUUGGAGUGCUUAUCACCGAAAUCCACACUGGACACGUGUCCAUCCGGUUCUUCGUUCAAUCUGCGCUUCCGUGGUUGUAACUUUGAAGACUUGGAUGCUUCCCUUGAGUGUUUGGGUCACUGGAUGGGCUACAAUGGGGUGAACUAUCUCGCCUUGAUCAACACAAGGCAAGACGAGAAGUUGGGACCACGGUAUCGAUGUGCUGUGUACCUGGAAGAUGCUAGCACAGGAGUUGUUACUCUGUCCUUUAGCAAUGACUCCACAUGCACAUCUACAAAUCACAGGGAUUCUCGAGGGAUGUACGGAGAAUUUCUGACACUCUUUCCUACGGCUGUGGAGAAGACAUCACCCGGAGAAUGUGCCUUCCCAAAAUGGCUUACGGGUCGAUGGAAGCACAUGAAGAAAUCUUCAGAUUCUGUGGCGAUCUUCUACGAUUCAGCAUCUUUUAAGACACACACAAUGAGGUGCAUUGAGGAGAAUCCAGCAACAGGGAAGUACUUAGUGAAGAGCACUACCCAGUGUGGUGAGGAAAAGUACUUCUGCACGUGGCUUGAGCAGAGAAGCCCUAAUAUUUUGGAGUUCCAAAUGUCUCUGCAAUCCAGUCCUGUCCAGUCAUCUGCUCAGCGUCUCUGUACAGAGGAGAACUUUGACGGAAGCCGGUGGAUCACACAAAGUAGAGAAACCACCCAUACCCACUUCACCCAGUGCCCAGUCAGUGGUGAAUUCACCGGAUUCAUCCCAGACGCUGAGGGACUUUGUGCCAAACUCUCAUCAGACUGCAAAUCCCCAAAUAUCCUUUAUUAUGAAGUAUCAGCUUGUGACACAGGAGAGGUAUAUGAAGAGCGUGAAUAUCAGUGCCUUGGGCAAUGGGAGGAGAAUGGUCUCCUCUAUGCCUUCACCUACAGGCGAGACUUGAAUACGCACGAGUGCUUUGUAGGCGCCAUGAUGGCUGAGAAGACUAUCUUCAUCAAAGAAGCUGGUGAAAAUUGCCAACGGAAUCUAAAUCCUCAUCGCUAUGGGAUGGAAUUGAACAAAAUUGGUUAUUGCAACGCCGUGGCUGAUAAGACGCCGCAUUCCUCUCAUCGCCAUGUUCACUCAAGUUCAUCGUCUGCUGAUGAAAUAACCACACCAGCAACUACUAAAUACACAUCGGUGCAUCCUCCACAAGUAUCCAGGAUCUAUCCUGCGUCCAGCUCGACGGUACCAGCGUCAAAAACAACAAAAAUACCUGCAAUAAUCGCCACAGCUGAGAGUGUUAGAAUUUCCCCUCAGUGCAUACUACUGCUUAUCCUUCUUGCCAUUUCCAGUGUAUGACCUUUUGAUACCUGUAACUAGUACUCCUAUAACCGUGGAAUAAAUAUCGAGUGGAAAACUCGAGAAAAAUAACAA